AUGAAGUUGUUUGCAGUCGUUCUUCUUGCUGUAUCGGCUAUAGCCGAGCCACCAGUAAACAAUAGGUACCUACCUCCUUCUCAAUCUUAUGGAGUACCAGGCUUUGGUGGACAGCGACAGACGGAUGCUAUUAUAAGAAAUCGCCCAUCAUCGUCAUACAACGCCCCACGAAGACCUUCAACUGAAUAUGGGCCCCCAAGUCAAGCACUCUCCACACAAUAUGGACCACCAUCCCAGGCACUUUCAAGUCAAUAUGUACCACCAUCCCAGCUCUCAAACCAGUACCUAUCGCCUAAUGCAAGACUAACUCAGCCCUCAUCACAAUACGGCGCUCCUAAUCCAGGUUUUGGUACUGACAUCACGUAUGCUACACCCUCGCAAGAGUAUGGUGCACCAGGUCUUGGAUCCCGAGGCAGCAACCGUUUCUCUCAAAACGGCUUUGAUUCAAACUCUGGAUACAACAGGGCUCAAAACAGACAAUAUCUACCUCCAAACCAGAACGGAUACGGCUCUGAUGAUGGUAGUAACGGCGAGCCAGCCAACUACAGCUUUGAAUACAUGGUGAAAGACGAGCCAUCCGGCAAUGAUUUUGGUCACCGUGAGUCCAGGCAGGGCGACAGGGCUGAGGGAUUGUACUACGUGCUGCUCCCAGAUGGCAGAAAACAGACUGUCGAAUACGAAGCUGACCAGAAUGGGUACAGGCCAAAGAUUUCUUACCAAGACGUUGGUGUAGGCGCUGGAGGCUACAACAGAAAUGCCCAAGGCGGUUACUCAGGUGGUGGUUACCAGUAUUAA